AUGACAAGCCACCUGUUAGCUCUCCUGCUCUCUCUAAUUGCUGUUGUCCUACCCCUGAGAUAUGGCUGCAUGGACAUUAUCGGAGGACAUGUUGUGCAUCCUCAUUCUUGGCCUUAUAUGGCUGCUAUCCAGAGAAAGAAUUUAACUAAGUGUGGAGGGGCUUUUGUGGAAAAGCAAUGGGUUUUGACAGCAGCGCAUUGUGAAUUAAACAAGUUAGAAUUUAGAGUUGUUCUUGGAGCCCAUAAAGCAUCCAUAGCUGAAAAACAGCAGAUAUUUAAGGUUAUGCACUACUGUCCUAAUCCUCAGUUUAGCAGGUCUUCCAAGGAAAAUGAUAUAAUGCUCCUCAAGCUGAAUGGUAUUGCAAAACUGAAUAAAUAUGUGCAACUUUUGCCUCUGCCUGACUCUUGUGAAGAUAUCAAACCUGGCACAACAUGUAAAGUGGCUGGCUGGGGAGUCACAUGUUCAGGAAAGCCAUCAAAAUAUCUUCAGGAAACAACUCUUAAAAUUUUUAGAAGAAAAAGCUCUGAGAGCAAAUAUGGAAAUUACAUAAAAAUAACCAGCAACAUGUUGUGUGCUGUAGGGAAAAAUAAAUUUUUGAAGAGAGAUGCUUGCCAGGGAGAUUCAGGUGGGCCGUUAAUCUGUGCUGGGCAAUACAGUGGGAUAGUUUCUUUUGGAAAAGGACGUGGAAGACGAGGCAUGGCUGGAGUUUAUACAUGACUGACUGAAAAAUAUAUUGACUGGAUAAAGAAAGUAAUUUCCCUUCACAGAGAUCCACGAGGCAGGCAAGACGGUUUUAACAAAUACUGUCCUGUGCAUUAG